CAAAAAACUUAAUUCAUAAUUUUUCAGAUUUUAAAAUGUCAAGAAAUUUAAGUAAACUUCUAAGACUACAAAGUCGAAGAAUACCAUUUAGAGCCUCUGCUAGUUCUAUUCCUAUUCUUUGCUCUAAUCCAUCCGGAAUCCUUCAAUCCGCUUUAUAUCAACAAACAAGAUAUUUGUCUGAAGAUGUAAGCCAGGGAGGCGGAGAAGAGGGGGCGGAGGAGGCGGAGCAGUUAGUCAUUGUAGAACGUCUUCCUUCGUUGCAUAUCAUGACAAUCGGCAUUAAUAGACCGAAUAAACGAAACUGUGUUAAUACUGAGACGGGAGAACUUUUGAAGAAUGCUUUUCUUGAGUUUGAAGCUGAUGAGGACAUGUACUGUGCUGUACUUCAUGGGAUAGGUGGAAGUUUCUGUGCUGGGUAUGAUCUAGAAGAACUGUCCGAUCUUCAAGAUGGAAUUGCAAAUAAAGUGGCAGAAAUACUAAUGGACCAGGGACCAAUGGGACCAACCAAGAUGGCGUUGACUAAACCGGUUAUAGCAGCUGUGGAUGGAUAUUGUGUAGCAGGGGGGCUAGAACUCGCCAUAAUGUGUGAUCUAAGGGUUGUAGAGGAGAACGCUAAACUAGGAUUUUUAAACAGAAGAUUCGGAGUUCCUCUCAUAGAUGGUGGAACCGUCAGACUUCCUCAAAUAAUCGGAUUCGGGAGAGCUAUGGAUCUUAUUCUCACAGGACGGUUAAUUGAACCAAGGGAAGCUUUAGACUGGGGUCUAGCUAAUCGGGUUGUUAGUACUGGAACAGUGUUUGGUCAAGCUGUGAACCUGGCGAAGGAAAUCGUCAAGUUUCCCCAGGAGUGCUUGAAGGUGGAUAGAGCCUCAGCAUACAACUCUACAUUCAGUCGAUCCAAUUUCGAGGACUCUAUGGAGUACGAAUCCCUAAAUGCUGCGAGUGUUCUAACUACUGAGGCAGUUUCAGGAGCUAAAAAGUUUGCUGCAGGGUUGGGCCGAGGAGGAAAAUUUAAUGUACAUGAUGUAAGUUCCAAAACAGACUGGCAAAUUGAACUAGAGGAAAUGAAGAAGAAAAAGAAAGAGGAAGAGAAAAAAUAAAAAAAUAAUACAGUUUAAAAAUUAUAUUUAACCAUUAUUAUCAAUGUCAAGUCAAACAUAAUCUUUGAAACAAAAUACUUUAAUUUAAAUUUCUUUUUGGAGAAAAAUUAGAUUUUUACUAAAUUUCAGUUUCAUUAUAAAUUGUAUGUAUGCCUAAAUCAAAGCCAUUCGUGCAAUCAAACAAUAUAGCUUAACAAAAAUGUUGUUACAUUUCAAACCAUGAUAAAUUUUUUAUUGAAAAG